CCUUCCUCUUAUAAACUCUUUCUAAAUCAAGAAAAAAGAGCACUAAGCGUUCCACUAAUUUGUGACCACCAGUUUCAUUAACAAGAUCUGAUGGGGAGAGGGAAGAUUGUGAUCAGGAGGAUUGAUAACUCGACGAGUCGACAGGUGACGUUUUCAAAGAGGAGAAAUGGAUUGCUGAAGAAAGCCAGAGAGCUCGCUAUUCUUUGUGAUGCCGAGGUUGGACUAAUCAUCUUCUCGAGCACUGGUCGCCUUCACGAGUUUGCUAGCUCUAGCAUGAAAUCUGUAAUCGAGCGCUAUGACAAGGCAAAAGAGGAGCACCAGCAGAAGCAAAAUGUCAACUCAGAAGUAAAGUACUGGCAGAAGGAGGCAUCGAGCUUGAGGCAGCAAUUACAUAGCUUGCAAGAAAGUCACAGGCAAUUGAUGGGAGAACAGCUUUCUGGUUUAAGCAUCCAAGAUCUCCAAAAUCUAGAGAACCAACUACAGAUGAGCAUGUGUGGUGUCAGAAAGCAGAAGGAACAAUUAUUAACUACUGAAAUUCAAGAACUCAAUCGAAAGGGUUACCUGAUUCACCAAGAAAAUAUGGAACUUUAUAAGAAGAUGAACCUUAUGCGUCAAGAAAACAUGGAAUUACAGAAGAAGGUUCAUGGAUCAAGGAGGCAAAAUGGUACAGUCAACAGGGGUUCAAUUACGCCAUAUGGUUUUAGCAUCACUGAUCAAGAGUCGCAUGUUCCAGUUGAUCUUGAACUGUGCCAGCCUCAGCAUCAAUCAAACGGUGAUCAAGCAAGAGGUCCCAAGCUAGGACUUCAGCUGCACUAAGAACUGAUGUUUGUCAUUUCAUGAUGGCAUUAUCAACUCUGUUGUAAACGCUAAAAG